CUCUCUCCAAUUUAUAAAAAAACUCACCAGAUCCCAUCUUCCUCAUUCAUCUAUCCUCUCUACCACACUUUCCCCAAUCUCUCUCUCUUGUUCCAAUAUAGAUAAAACAAAAUCACAAAUGAAAUCGGAGGAACAAAUGAGCAUCAGAUCCAUAUAGACGCCAUCUAAAUCUAGAUCUGGAUGCAUCAUGUUUCUUUUAAACCCGUCAAGAUCUAGAUCUGGACCCGUCAUCUGGAUCUGGAUCCAUCAUGUUUCUUUUCAAACCCCAUGAAGUUUAAUCCGAUUGUAAUUUCCGAUGCAGCUGCGGUGGCGUAUGAGCUUAACAAGCCGCUAGUCAUUGAAGAUGUGAAGGUUGCGCCGCCUCAAACCGGUGAAGUUCGAGUUCAGAUUCUCUUCACUGCACUUCGCCUCAAGAACCGCUGCUGCCAUAGUGAAGGAGAAAAGGGUUUUUGUAGGUGGUUGAAGAUAGUGGUGAAGGUGCAUGUUACAUUUUUUGAUCAUGUAAAAAGUGGGUUUUUUUGUUGUAUAGAAACAUAGUGUUAUUUGUUACAGACGUUUACAGAAACAAUGUGUUACAUAAAGUGGUUUUUGUUA